AUGGCUGAGUUCUUACUACUCGGUACCAACGAAUUCCGUAAAUUCACUUACGAAUCCUUGGCUGCUAUCGAUAAGAGAAUUGCUGCCAAGAGGAAUUGUCGAAGAAAUACUAUAGACCAGAAACCUGAGGAGAAACCACGUCCUCAACUUGACCUAAAAGCGUUCCAGAAGUUACCAGCUCUCUAUGGAAAUCCUCCUCCAGAUCUCAUUGGGGAACCACUGGAGGAUCUUGACCCAUACUACAAAGAUCGUAAGAUUUUCAUAGUGCUAAACAAACAGAAAACAAUCUUCAGGUUUACUGCUACACGUGCCUUAUGGAUCCUCAGUCCUUUCCAUCCAAUUCGAAGAACAGCAAUUAAAAUUUUAGUACAUUCAUUAUUCACCUUGUUUAUCAUGUGCACUAUUAUAACUAAUUGUGCAUUCAUGGCUCUGAUGGAGUCCUCUAAGGCUUCUCCAGCUCCUUCGUGGAACAAGUAUGUUGA